AUGUCUCACCAGACCAACCUCCCAGGUCACCACGACGCCGACAUCGCCGCCGCCGAGGUGGAUAUCCUCGUCGUGAGCGACCACCCCGCCCUCGCAACCGGCCGCGCGGCCGAAGAACUCAAGCGCAUCGAAGCGCAGUAUCGGCACGUUGUCGAGCUGCUGGUUCAAGAAAAGUCGGCUGCGGCCGCCCGGAUCGAAGAUCUGGAAACCACCAACGCCGCCCUGCUGAAAAUCCUCGGCAAGAAAAUGGCGAAUGAGGUGAACGGCAUCUUUGUGCAGACGCACAUUGUGCCUGCCAAGAGGGUCGUGCUUCGGCCUGGAGAGGAACUCUGGUCUGGCAUCUUCAAAGAUGUUUGA